GUAAAAUCAGUGUUUUCGAGAACUAAACUCGGGGGAAAAACCACGCUCGACCAUAACAUCUCAUCAAGGCUAUAGAGCAUCAAGACACAAUGAGAUGGAUAAGAUGGAAAGAGAAACGUAGGAAGAAAACAUUUGUCCUCAUUGUUGCCGUUGCUGUCAGUCUUGCAUUGCAGCAAAGUAGCACCCUCAAGUGGAUCAAGGAGAUCUUCCACUUUGGAUAUUCUACCCUCCCUUCUGACCCAGGCCUGAAACCAAAACAAACCAACAUCGUGUUCCUCAAGACCCACAAAACCGCCAGCAGCACUGUGCAGAACUUGCUGUUUCGUUUUGCGGAGCGGAACAACCUGACGGUGGCGUUGCCUGUAGAGUCCUGUAGGCACCAGUUCUGUUAUCCACGUAUUUUCAAAUCUGACUUUGUCCAUCCACACACACUGCCAGCAAACAUAAUCACGAACCAUAUGCACUUCAGUAAGACCGCAUUACAAGACCUGAUGCCGAACAACACAAUAUAUGUCACAAUUAUAAGAGAGCCAACCUCCAUGUUUGAAUCAUUAUUCACUUACUGCAGAAAUAUAUGUCAGAGUUUCAAAAGGGUCCUCAAUGGUUCAUUGGAGGCUUUCUUAAAUAAUCCCUUAAACUACUACCGACCAAAAGAGCAUGAUUCUAUGUAUGCACGCAACUGCUUGACUUUCGACUUGGGAGGAGACAAAGAUCGUCCACCGACAGAUGUGGCGUAUGCCCAGGCCUUUGUGGCAGAGGUGGAACGAGCGUUCUCCUUGGUGAUGAUUUCAGACUACUUUGAUGAAUCUCUAGUUCUCCUUCGCCAUCUCCUCUCUUGGGAUUUAGAUGACAUUCUGUAUCUCAAGCUCAACAUGCGGGCAGCUAGUUCUAAGAAGAGCUUGACACCAGGUCUUUCUGCAAAAAUCCGUGUCUGGAAUUCCAUAGAUACGUACCUUUAUGACCACUUUAAUGCCUCACUGUGGCGGAAACUGUCAGCUCUAGGUCUAGCCAGUGUGUCGAGGGAGGUGCAACUCCUUCAGCAGCACCAAGAGAGGGUGAUGAGAGACUGUUUUGGUGGAAAUAAGCCAGUUUUCGCUAUUGGUGCCGAAAUCAAAAACCCGGCUCUCCGUCCCUGGAAGCCUAAUGAAGAUGUUGACAUAGUUGGUUACGACCUCCCUGCAAAUAUCAGCCGUGAGAUGCGGGAGAUCUGCCUCAAGUAUAUCAUGCCGGAACUAUCAUACACAGAGAUGCUUCAUCGUUCCCAGUCACAGCGGUACCUUGAAAACCGUCGGAUUCAGAGUCUCCGUAAGACACAAGAUCUCCAACAGCCCAAACAACCUAUUCUGCUUCGGGAUUCUCAGGUCCGUCCCAAUCAACCACCAGCCCCUGGUGCGUAAGACUCUGUUUCAGUGGUAGAGUCAAAAUCAACCCUAAACCCUGUAGCAGAGAUCAAAAAGGA